AUCCGGACUGUUUAGACGCGCACCGGGCGGUCAGUCUGCCACGUCUAAAAAAUAUUCAGGAAUCUUUUUAAAGCUCUGAAGAGUAAUAACACUAUUUUAUAGCAUUUCUUUAUUACGUAAGGCCGUUCGGGUGACUUUUAACAAUGGUGUCUGUAAUCAACACAGUGGACACCUCACAUGAGGACAUGAUUCACGAUGCACAGAUGGAUUACUACGGUACCAGACUGGCCACCUGCUCCUCUGAUCGCUCUGUAAAGAUCUUUGAUGUCAAAAACGGAGGACAGAUCCUUGUGGCUGAUCUGAGGGGUCAUGAGGGUCCGGUGUGGCAGGUGGCGUGGGCUCAUCCUAUGUACGGCAACAUCCUGGCAUCCUGCUCGUAUGAUAGGAAGGUGAUCAUCUGGAAAGAGGAGAACGGAACCUGGGAUAAGAUGUAUGAAUACACAGGCCACGACUCCUCGGUGAACUCUGUAUGUUGGGGUCCAUACGACUUUGGUUUGAUUCUGGCCUGUGGCAGCUCAGAUGGUGCGAUUUCAGUGUUGACCUGUUCUGGUGAUGGACACUGGGACAUUAAGAAGAUCACCAAUGCACAUACUAUUGGCUGUAAUGCAGUGAGUUGGGCCCCAGCUGUUGUUCCAGGGAGUCUGAUUGAGCAGCCAACAGGACAGAAGCCCAACUACAUCAAGAGAUUUGUGUCUGGAGGCUGUGACAAUCUGGUCAAGCUGUGGAAAGAGGAGGACGGCCAAUGGAAAGAGGACCAGAAGCUCGAGGCGCACAGUGAUUGGGUGAGAGAUGUCGGCUGGGCUCCUUCCAUUGGUCUGCCCACCAGCACAAUCGCCAGUUGCUCACAGGAUGGCCGUGUGUUUAUCUGGACAUGUGAUGACCCGUCGGGCAACACCUGGAUAGCCAAACUUCUCCACAAAUUCAAUGACGUGGUGUGGCACGUGAGCUGGUCCAUCACUGGAAACAUCCUGGCUGUGUCUGGCGGGGACAACAAAGUGACCCUUUGGAAAGAGUCUGUGGAUGGACAGUGGGCAUGUAUCAGUGAUGUCAACAAAGGCCAGGGGGCCGUAUCCUCCAUCACAGACAACCAACAGAACGAGCAGUGAAACCCAUCUCAUCCUUUCUCCCCUGGAGAUCAGACACCAUAAUAGAGGACCUCCAAUCAGUGAAAGGGUGUCAUCAGUGUACCCUCAAAGACUGUCUUGAACAUUGAAGUGCAUCUCACUUCCACAGAUUUCCAGGUGACGGAACCAAUAUGAAAUUCUGUUUUGUUGUCAGCCAUGUCUUCAGCUUUAAUCCAUUUCAAAAAGGAUGUUUGAACUGAUUUGGAAAGUUUGUAAAAAUAAUUCUUAACAUGUAAAUUGAUGUUGAGCAAGUUCUAGGACAAAAUGGACAAAAUGAAAAACUGUCCAAUUAUGUUGGCAAAUGUGGAGAUUGAAGUUUUUCAAGAUCUGCAAAACCAUUAAAGAAUAAAAUUUUCUAUACUUAAGUUGUGACUUUUACUUAUGUCCCAUAUUAAAAACUUACACCUCAACUCUCAUUUCAUAAAUUUCAAUAAACUGUCGACAUAAAAUCAAAAUUGACCCUCCUCUCCAACCAAUUGCCUCCAUUCUGGUAUGUAAUGCCCACUUUUCACAAACCAAUCAAUUCCUAAUGGGGAAAAAAGUCCCUUUAUUCAUUAUACAAUUUCGCUCAGAUAAAUGUCAGAUUAUGGGUGUUAAAUGUGUUGAGAAGAAUAUUUCAUGUUGACUUAAAACCGUAUUUCACAAUGUAGUUUAAAAUGCUUUAAAGGAAUAAUUCACCCAGAAAUUCAAUUUAUUACACAUCCUUCUAGUAUGGACCACUUUCUGCAACUUUUAUGAUGUUUUUGCAUACCUUAAGUUUACAGUAAACUGGGAAAGAA